AUGACAUUCGACAUCCACGGAGUCAUUUCAUCUGUCACUUUGGCUGGAAGUGUUACUUCAUUCUUUGCAACUACCAGUGUGCUUAUUUCAUUCGUUAUCUAUCGCCACCAUAUCGAUACCUUUCGGCACAUGCUUAUUCUCGAGUUGAUGCUUUUCGAGUUUGCAAACAAUUUGAAUAACUCUACAUCUGGCAUCUGGCAUCUCAAGAACGGCGAACUCAGUAUUGGAAGACUUUGUACUGUCAAUGGCUUCAUAGGUCAGUUCUCAGCACAGGGAGUUGACCUUUCAAUACUGGCCGUCGCUGUCGUUACUCUGUUUACUGUAACGCGGCGUAUCUAUAUGCCUGCGGUGUCUAUGACAAAGAGAGUAUGCAUUUGCCUUUCUAUUUGCAUCCUUCCUCUCGCUACAAGCAUCAUACCAACAUUUAUGGGUCAGAUGCAACCAGUAGGUGGCAACUGGUGCUGGAUAGCAACGAAUCGCUCCGACCUACGAUAUACCAUGGCACAUGGCUGGCGUAUCUUUGUCAUAUUCAGUAUAGUUACUAUUUACAUCUAUAUCUGGGUCUAUCUAAGAAGAACACUUGGUUCUAAAGCUGAUGAGACCCGUCAGCUACGACAGAAUGCCCCAGCAAGCCGUAAAUCCACCUGUCUUCCACUACAGAACCCGAGGAGAAACGGGGUUCGUGUCACAGACCACGAAGAAUUUGAGCUUGAUCCCCUUGAGCUUGUGCAGCCGAACACAACAGCGUCCCAGUCUGCAAUGUUUCUUGAAGAAAGCCAUCCGCCUCCUUCACCCAAGGAGAAUAGAUUCAGGGAGAUAAAUCUGGAGUUUGGAGAAAGAACACAACCUGGCCCGAGUGAGGCCCAGGGAGGAUUCAUGCGCCAUCGGCCGACAGCAUCAAAAUCUGGAGCAGAUCUUUCCCCACUAGAAGUUACUGGCAGCCCAUCUACUGAAGCACAUAUGCCAAGGCAAUCACAACACAGCCAAAUCAGUGCCCUGCAAACCAACGCAAGUGAGUUCCACAUGCGUCCAAGCAACGACCAAGUUGAACUCGAGAUUAAACGAAUGCUCUUACUUAAUGCAUACCCAUUUAUGUAUGUUCUUCUCUGGGCACCAGGGCUGAUCAAUCGACUUAUGGAAGCAUCUGGAAACCCCAACUCAAAAACAAUCAACGUUGCGCUCCAAGCUCCAACACAGUUUAUCGGACUUGCGAAUGCCUUGACUUAUGGAUUCAAUCAUUAUCUUAGAGAUAGGCUGAAUGAUCUAUAUUUCAGACCCGUGAUUGCAAGGAUAAAGGGUCGAAUUGGACUUGACUAA